AGAAUCUACUUCAGAUUGCUCUUACCUCGAGUGACAGGAUGAUCUCUGAGCACGGCUGAUGUUGGUGUUGGACCUGGAGAGGAGAGGUUGACGAUGCCCGUUGAUCCCUCAGCCAUUUUCUCUUGACUUGAUCAGUGGUGAAACACAGAACAUUAGACUGGAUGUCAAACUAAAGAGUGGCUCCAAGUCCAGGGUUUGCAGGCUGCUAAAGAUUCAGGAUGACGAUAAGAAGUUUUAAGCUGACUGGUUUAUUGAAAAGAUUCCCAUUGGACGAAAGUCUUGGAAAUUGGGAUCAGACCUCCCUCCUAAAAAGUCAACAGCGGCAGUACAACAGAGCUAUGGGUGAUCUUGUCCAAGAGGAUGCUGGAGAAACAGGAAGAGAAGGGCAAGGGAAGUGUGGAAGCAGGAGAGGAACAAAAGGCUGAGGGAUGAAGUAACAAUCCUGCUUGUGCCAACUCGCCUGUUCCCAGUCUUCCCUGCAAACAACAGGAUUUCUGGUGCCAGGUGGGGGGAAGUAAAACCCCUCUGACCUAUAAAAGUCAUACUGGGUGAAGAAGCAGCCACUGUCACAGUGUGGAUCACCGCUGCCCUGACUCUCUACAUUCUCUGGGAACUUUAAACUUUGGAUUUCAGCGUGGAGUCAAAGACAAGUGGCUCUUUUAUUCUGAGUCAUACUGUCUUUGCGUUAAAGCCUCUCACUUCAUCUUACUCUUAUUUUUGCUGGUCGAAAUGUUGGGAAAUCUGUGGAUGCUCUGCCUGGCUCUCUGCUUCUCCUGGACUGAAGCUCGGAUAUGGGCUUGGAUGCUCAACAUGCCUCACAGCCCUCCAAAAGAAGGAGCAAAGGCACUUAGAGAAAACGCUUCUGGAGCCAAACCAAUCACGGCUGUAUGCGAUCAGGAUAGGGCCUGUGGACGUGGCUUCUCCUGUGAUCGACACUUUGGCCUCUGUGUUCCUCUCAGAGGUGAGGGCCAGUACUGCCGUAGAGAUGCUCAGUGUAUCCGUGGACUCAGCUGCAUGUUUGGGAAGUGCCAUCGCAGCAUCCCCAAUGGCCAAGAAGGCGCCAGGUGUAAAGUUGACAGAGAUUGCGGUGAGUCCAUGUGCUGCGCCCGACACCAUGGUGAGCAGGUGUGCAAGAGACGUCUGCUUCGUGGAGAGAGCUGCUAUGUUCCUGAUGGUGGCCUGGCGUUCAGCAUCAAUCAGAUUUGUCCUUGUGAUGAAGGGCUGCUAUGUAGAGGAAACAGUGAAAAACACCGGAGAGAGAGAGAUUUUGUUUACCAGCCUGAGCUACCAAACUGGACCUGCCAAAUCCCCAGACACUGACUUCAGCCUCAACAUUAAUGUUAUUUAUUAUGUAAAUAUGCUAAAUUUGAUUGUAUAUAAAAUGUAUGUAUUUCCAAAUAUGUUAUAUCACAACAUGUUCUUAUUAGAGAUUUAUAGCAAGCAUUGUUCUUAUUGUUUCAGUUUG